GUUGGAGAGCGUGCCUUUUAUGGCAACACUGGGCGGCGCUAGUAGUAGGCGAGCCUGCUAAACGCUCGCCCUGACUACGAAACUUCCUUUUCCUUUGACCAUCACCGAAAUGGCGCCGAAAAUUCAGCGUGUCAAGACGACCAAGAAGUCCAGGAAGGGAAUUUCUUGGAAAUACACCCUUGAUUGCACCCACCCGGUGGAGGAUGGCAUUCUUGAUUCUGCCAAUUUUGAGACUUUCCUGAAAGAGAGGGUGAAGGUCAAUGGCAAAACUGGCAAUCUCGGAAAUGUUGUCCAGAUUGCCCGCCUGAAGAACAAGAUCAGCGUCACCUCAGAAAACAAGUUCUCCAAAAGGUACCUCAAGUAUCUGACGAAGAAGUACUUGAAGAAGAACAACCUGCGUGACUGGCUGAGAGUUGUGGCUUCCGACAAGGAGACCUACGAGCUGCGCUACUUCCAGAUUAGCCAGGAAGAGGACGAGUCUGAGGCCGAAGACUAGGCUGAAGCUCUGUGCCAGUACUUUACUGUCGACUGUGAUGGGGUCGUGGUGGUGGUGGCGGCGUCAGGAGUUUUGUUGAAAAUAAAGAUGACUGUCCAUCAA